AUGCCUUACACGCCUCCCAAUCGUCAUCCCAGAGCCGAGUCUGGCCACCAAGCGUUCCGCAAUCUUCUUGCCGGCUCUACAGGGCCAGCGGCGGACCAGAUGGAGCCUCCAAACCUGCCCUCCGACUUUGUCAGGUUCGCCACGGAAUCCCCCCAGUCCUACUCAUACACACUUCUGGCCCCAAACUCCCUGGCUCUGAAAUUGAGCGUGCUCAAGCGGUCGCUUGAGGUUCUCCUGGACCGGCCAGAGCUGCUCUCGAACAUAUCCAUGGAGAACAGCGACUACUUUUCCCGGAAAGGCCCGGCUACAGUGCCGCUGCGCAGAACGUCCACCAUGACCCUCAUGGACAACGUGUUUCGCAUGGAGAGACAGGUGUCGCAGUCUUCAAUCAAGUCACUGCCCGCCUCGUCGUCUGAGCCAGAAACCCAGGACUCAAUCCCAGCGUCCACCCCUACAAACAUAGACGAAGAACUGCGGAGGAAUCUGAAGGAGAUCAUCAGUAUUCUGGAGAUGAAAGAGAACCCGUCGCAGAACAAGCUAGAGAAGGUCGUUGGUCUACACACACUGUCGCUCAACCCCAAAGGCAUCUCCAAAAGCGAAUCGUUACGCAAGAACCUGCUGUACGCCCUGGCAACGCCAUUCACAGAUAAUUCCAACACCCCGGCCCACUCGUACUUGCUGGGCGGCCUGCCGGUGCCGCAGACCAGCCCGUCCGCUCUGGGACUCGUGUCGCUGGGCAACAAGCUCGGCUCCAGCAGCCGGCAGUUCCAUCUCGCCUCUGGCGGGAAGUCAGCAUCGCCCAAGGCCUACUUCACGUGCGAGGCAGAGUCGCCCUGGAACCUCAAGAACGCGAACGACUUUGCCUGUCUCAUGUUCGGGAUCUCCAAGGCGUCGCUCGCGUCGCUCAGCGUCAUGGACCUCAUCGCGCCUCGCGCACGUGACCUCGUUCUCGAUAGGCUGUGCAACGGCAAAGAGCUGGUUUUCUCUGGCGAAAUCAUCGCCAUUAGGCGCAACAACAUGCCGAUAGCCUGGACGUCUAUGUGGGCCAAGCGCAAACAGGGCCUGAUCAUCCUCAUUUUCGAGCAGGUGCCGUGCGACCACCUAGACUUCAUCGUUGAAUACAGAAACGACGGCUACUACAUCAAGUCGUCCGCAGACACACACGCUUCGCUGUUCCGCAGCGACAAGGAGCUCGUGGGCGCUCCGCUGUCCCGCAUCCUGCCCACCAUGAGCCACGAGCUCGCCAACGCCACACUCGACACCCAUAUGCACCAUUCUGCCACCAUCAACCGGUCCCGCUACUAUACCCUCCGACUCCCGGAAAACGAGGCUGUUCCGUGCGCGGUGACCUCGGAGCCUCUGGAAGACGGCAUUGUGCGUGUGAACUUGCACUCGCUGCCGUACAUUUCGGGAGCGUUCGUUAUCUCGUCCAGAACGCUCAAGGUGGUAUCGUUCAACCACGCCAUAGCCAAGAACCUUUUUGGAACGUCUGACAUCAAGAGCAAGUCCAUCGACAUCAUAAUCCCGUCGUUUUCAGGGCUCUUUGAGCUCGCGCUCAAGGAAAACCCAAACAUAAUGUACCAGCAGGGCCUUGUGCUGCCGGAGCACUAUUUCCGCAAACAGGACGCAAUUUUGCGAGCUUCGUCGGAGGAGGAGCAGGAUCUGCUUUUUCUUAACUCCAUUGGCAUCGAUGGGCUCCACAGAGACGGCACCACCGUCAAGGUCGACGUCCAGCUGCGCGUGAUGGAGUACGAGAACUGCAUGUUAUGGAUCACCUACUCGCGUGCAACUAGCAAGAGACGGUCUGUUUCGCGGCCGAACAGUGUGUGCUCGAGCGAGGAGGAGAGCGAGGAUGACGAGGCCAACGGGGACGAGUCGAUGCCGUCGCAGCUGAGUCUGUUCCAGCAGAUGGAGAACGACCUGCACUCGUGCGGCAGCUCUUCAGACGGGCUGAGUCGGUCCAGCAGCAUGAACACGAUCGCCAACAAGCCGCUGGAGCGGAUGAACAGCCUGAAGAAGAUGAACGCGACGUCGGACUCGUCGCUGUCGGCUCUCAGCAAGUCUGGGUCGACCGGGUCGCAGAAGACCACCGAGACAGACAUGGACGACCACGAGGUCCAGGAUAUCGCCGAGAGUCUGGGAGAAUUCCGGCUGGAAAACAUCCGCACUGGCCGCGCGCUGCUGGAACGCGAAAACGCGCAGAUUGCACGCAUCAGAAAGCAGAGCAAGCACUUCCCGCAGAAAAUAGGGCUUCUUCGUCGCGAGAAAAAAAUCACCGAUUUCACGGUGAUCAAGAACCUCGGACAGGGCGCGUACGGGAAGGUGGUGCUUGCACAGCACAAGGACGACCCCGCGUACAAGCUGGUGAUCAAGGCGAUUUUCAAAGAGCGAAUUCUGGUCGACACGUGGGUCAGAGACAGGAACCUUGGCACGAUUCCAUCAGAGAUACAGAUCAUGAACUAUAUAAACAGCGACCCGCACCCGAACCUGAUGCGGAUCGUCGACUUCUUCGAGGACGACCGGUGCUACUACGUCGAGACGCCGCAGCACGGCGACCCGGCCGCGGUCGACCUGUUCGACCUGAUCGAGGUCAAGUCGGACAUGACCGAGCUGGAAUGCCAGUACAUUUUUUUCCAGUGCUGCUCCGCGAUGGCGCAUCUGCACGCGCACGGCGUCGUCCACCGCGACAUCAAGGACGAGAACAUCAUUGUCGACAAGGACUAUGUGGUCAAGCUGAUCGACUACGGGUCGGCAGCUUACUCCAAGAACGGGCCGUUCGGGGUGUUUGUGGGCACCAUCGACUACGCUGCUCCGGAAGUUCUCAAUGGACAGCCGUACGAAGGCAAGCCGCAGGACGUGUGGGCGAUGGGCGUGCUCCUGUACACCCUCGUGUUCAAAGAAAACCCGUUCUGCAACGUCGACGAAAUCAUGGAUGGCGGGUUCAAGUUCCCGUCGUUCCACGAGGUGAGUGAAUCGUGUGUGGACCUGAUUCGCAUGAUCAUGGUUAAGGACGUCGCACAAAGACCCUCGAUGAACGACAUUCUACAGCAUCCCUGGCUGUCUGGCUUUAAGUAA